GUAGAUACGAUAUACUUAAUUCGAAUAUGUGAAUAACUAAGUAUUGGUGUAACUAAGUAACUAGGCACUCGCGAGCAAGCAUACGUGUACGCAAUGUCUGCGGCAGCGCUGACGUGGUCGGUGGCUCGCGCAUGCGCGGCCGGCUCUUUACCAGCCUGCUCCUGCGCAGCACCGCCGCGAGCGCCGCCUCGCCCUCCGCGGCAGGCGCAGAUCACACCCUCCGAGCCUCACGCCAGGUUCAAAUGGGGCGGAUGUGGAGACAAUUUUCAAUGGGCUGAAAGGUUCGCGAAGCAAUUUCUGGAUGCUCAUGAAAUAGACGUCCGAGAAGGCAAGGUGGAAAACAUCCUGGAAAUAGAAACGACUACAACAGAGCAGCCUACCACGACUAUAACUACAACAACAAUAGAACCAACCACAGCGCCACCGGUAGUCAUCUUAGUGGAUGACCAGCCCGCGCCAGCCAACACCAGUGCUCCACCGAAAACCAAGAAGAAAGGGCGUCGCGGACGAAAGCGUCUACCACGAUCCCCGCGACGAGGCCGGCCUACACGGAAAAGGUUCAGAUCUAGACCGAGGUAUGAUUAUGACGACAGAGGCUCCAGAUACCGCAAUAUCGAAUAUCGUAUGGCGGCUGACGACCCAAGAUUCGAUCCUCAAGUGGAUUUGCGAACACGACUCGAACGAUUGCGGGAGCUUAUUGCAUCUGCUAACCUGAUAAAUGGACGAUUUGGAAGAAAGGCGGUGUCUGCCGGGAUGCGCACGAAGUGCACGUGUCACGGCGUGUCGGGGUCGUGCUCGGUGCGCACGUGCUGGCGCGCGCUGCCGCCGCUGGCGCGCGUGGCCGCGGCGCUGGCGGGCGAGGCGGCGCGCGCCGGCCCGCUGCGGCCGCGCGCCCGACACACGCGCCGCGCCCGCCCCCGUCUGCGCUACGUCACGCCCAGCCCCGACUACUGCGAGCCCGACCCCGCCGCUGGCUCACUCGGAACACACGGCAGGUAA